AUGGCUGAGUGGCAGCCUGAGUGUCUUGUAUCUCAGACCACCCAGCCAGCGUUGGAGAGUGUUGGAGCCGGCCCUGAUCGAGCUCUCCAAAACACCUCGGGCAAUGUACAGACAUACUCCUCGGAUAGUGCUACGAAUGGAGAUGGCAGUCACGAUGAGCAGUUUCAGUCUAUGGCUCACAAAUUCCCUCAGGCUGAGGCUCCUGUCAAUUCAACACCUACUUCCAAUGGUCAGGACAGUCAAGCUCUGGCAGCGCGAUUGCGGGCCAAAAAGCUGAGACGGCUUCAGUCGGCGCCUCAACCACCUCCCACUACUACCCCUCCAGCCAUCGCACCUGUUCGUCCGAGGAGAAGCUAUAUGAACUCCCAAAAGUAUCUCGAAUAUAGGGCACGGCCUCGCCGGGACACUGGCAAGGAUGGGGAGCCUGUCUGGUCAGAUGCUCUGGAGGAUGCCUUCCAGCAAGCACUGGAGGCAAAUCCUCCUAUGGGAAGAAGGAAAUGGUCGGAACGUGGAAAGUCAUACGGGCGGAAUGAAUUGAUUGCCGAGUAUAUAUACAAGUUGACUGGAAAGAGGCGAACUAGAAAACAGGUGUCCAGUCACCUGCAAGUCCUCGAUUCAUUUCUGAAGGGCGAUCCUGACUGGGAGAGACUUGUCCGGGAAAAACCAAACAUACCGAACACACAGCCUCCCACGACUACUCCGCCGCAAUGCCAAACUUCCGUGGACAAUCAGAUGUUGAGCGACUUCAAUAACCAGGCUCAGUCUUCUUUUUCGCAACCUGGUACUUCCGUGCAGCCGUACAACGGGGAGCUGCCUCCUCCCCAUCUCACGCUGGGGUCCAACGUCUAUGACGGGAACUUGCAUCUGAUCCAUGCGUUUAACUUCGAUAUGUGGGUGAGCGCUCCUCAGCAGGCAAAUCGGAUCGAUAAGGCGCUACAUGUGUACACACGCCUCCAAGGGGAUCAGCACCGUCCCGUUGCGCUUCCUAUGUCCUUGGAAAACCUGGUCGGCUGGCGCACGUCCUUUCCCCAUCUCGCUUCUUUGAUUGAUGACCCCAAUGCUUCUUUGGAUUGCGACGUGAUCCUUCUCGAGGUAAACCUCCAGCUCAUGGAUGACUUCCCUCCGUCGGGUUCCCGACUGGGGAUCCAGCUGGAAGUUGACUUUGCACACCCAACUGCCGGCGACAUCUCGAUGGUGAGCCAGCUGGAAGAUUGGACAUGCAGCACGCAUAUCUACGAAGAGGGUCAGAAGAUGCUGGAGACGUAUCACGAUCUUCAAAAGGCUUCUUCGACGAAGAUCAAGCCUCUCUUCGAGUCUUCGUGGUGGGCCAAGCUGUUUACUCAAUUGACCCAGGAGAAGCGGAUGGCAGAAGACUCCGGGCAGCCAGGAGCUGCUCAAGCGGCUGACGAGCACACCCGGCAGUUCUUCCGGUCUCUCUCGGCUGUGCAAGAGCUCCGGGCAACUCCACCGAGUCAUCAACGACUGUCCAAAGGGGACGAGAGUAAGAGGAUGGCGAUUCUCCUGUGGAAGUUCCGUCAGACCCGGCCUGGGGAGGUAGGCACGACCACUUGGAGGCGGUUGAUCCCUCCCCCGGCGCGAAACACGACCAACAGUCCACGAGCUACGACGGGAAUCGACCUGCCCCCCCUGACAAUGGAUACGAUGCUUUCAACGAAGCCAUCGCAGAAUGUAUAUCCUGCCGCGCCUCAGAAUGGCCUAAUGCAACCGCAUCCGAACAUGGGUCUGCAGCAGCAAUGGCCCGUGUAUCCCGAUACACAGGAUCAAGUCACCAACCUUUUUACUGCGGGAUCGUACGACUUCCUGGGCAACAUGAGCAAACCGGAGGAUGGCCUUGGGGACAAGACUUCGGUUAGCUCGGUACUUGACCCUUAUCCCGGUUUCACUCAAGAAACAUCCCAGCCUGGUAGCAUUACUGUGUCGACGGCGGGCCAGACGAUGUUCAAUGUUCAUGAUCUCCCCUUAUCUUCGCAUCCCCAUAUGGGCGGUUAUGGGAUGGGCGGCCCUGGCAGCCACUUUAUGCCACCGCAAUCCAUUCAUGACAGCAACAACAACGUCCUGAACUCCAUGUUUGUGACCACCGCGUCGCCGAUGCACGAUAUCAGCCACACGCAUGCGCCACUGUGGGAGCCGCAGGCGACGGCGAUCCACCCUGAUCUUGGCAAUGGUAGUUACAACCAUCUGCAAUUCCCAUCUGCCGGUCACCCCCAGUUGCCCGUGUCCCGAGAGCACCAGGGCGGUGGGCUGGACGGCAUCAUGCCACCGGACGACCUCAUGGACAAGCUGGUGGGCAAUGUGUCGACCGAUCCGAACCUGAACGUGAACGUGAACGGCUCGGGUCCUGACCAUACGAGUGCUGCAUACGCGGAGGGUGCUGCCGUGGAAGCGGUCUAA